CCCUCUGGCCUCCGAGUCACAGCCAGACACUCCUGGGACGACACCAACAACCACAUGCUCACCCUCACCGCCUUCAAUCACCUCUGCAAGAAGGCAACCACCACAGUGACGGUAUACAUCCCAGAAGCCUCUCUGUUGUGUAGGUCCUCCUCCUUCACCUUCACGCUACAGAACUCCUGCCCCGAGGGACUCCAAAUCGUCUAUGUCUCCCAACAGCCAAUCAGUGACCACGAAUGGAUCCACACGGAUCCAGUAGAUCACAUGGACAACAAGAGGCUCUUCAACCUGCCUGUGAACUACCGGCCUCCCUCCCAACUAGGUGUUUUAAUCCCGACCACAGACAAUAUCUAUAACGCUGACCCAAGUCAUCCCCACCCCAGACAGCACUACCCCAUCUCCAAGAACUCUGGUCGGUAUAAGCAGUGUGCAGGAAAAGGUCAGCAGAGGAAUGUGGCUGUACAGACAGACUGAAAGUCUCUCCUCUAGCCAUCAACUCUGACUGCAGACAGAGGGUACACAUCUGCAUCAGUGUGAUCAAUCAUCAAUGUCUUCCAAAAAC